UCGACGGAUCUCCGGGGCCAAACGGUCAUGGCGUUACUGGAUCUGUGCGGAGGCGCUGGGGGGCAGCGGCCCGAGUGGGCUGCCCUGGGUGCAGAAAGCGGGUAUCGCUCGGACCCGGGACACUACAGUUUCUCUGUGCAAACUCCGGAGCUCGCGCUUCCGCGGGGGAUGCAGCCCACUGACUUCCUGAAGUCCUUCGGUUGUGACCAAGAAAGGAAUGUUCAGAUCGAGAUGGCCCAUGGUACAACCACACUAGCCUUCAAGUUCCAGCAUGGGGUCAUUGUGGCAGUGGACUCCCGGGCCUCUGCAGGCACUUACAUUAGCACCUUAAGGGUGAACAAGGUGAUCGAGAUUAACCCUUACCUGCUUGGCACCAUGUCUGGCUGCGCUGCUGACUGUCAGUACUGGGAGCGGCUGCUGGCCAAGGAAUGCAGGCUGUACUACCUGCGGAAUGGGGAGCGUAUAUCCGUGUCGGCAGCCUCCAAGCUACUUUCCAACAUGAUGCUCCAGUACCGGGGCAUGGACCUCUCCAUGGGCAGUAUGAUCUGUGGCUGGGACAAGAAGGGACCAGGACUCUACUACGUAGAUCAAAAUGGGACUCGGCUCUCAGGACAGAUGUUCUCGACGGGCAGCGGGAACAGCUACGCCUAUGGGGUGAUGGACAGUGGCUACCGGCAGGAUCUCAGUCCCGAAGAGGCCUAUGACCUUGGUCGCAGGGCUAUCGUUCACGCUACCCACAGAGACUGCUAUUCUGGAGGCGUAGUCAAUAUGUACCACAUGAAGGAAGAUGGUUGGGUGAAGGUGGAAAGCUCGGAUGUCAGCGACCUGAUGCACAAGUACCGAGAGGCCAGUCAGUGAUGGCGGCGGCUGCUGGGUACUCGGGGACCUGGGUCAGCUUCAGUGCCAGGAGAAAGAAGGGCCCAACCCGGGCUGGAGACAGAAAGCUCUGAGGCCAUGGAGAGGGCCAGGCUCACUCUCUGUCUCCCCAAGCAGCCCAUCCCCGGGUACCUUCUAAGUACAAUAAAAGAAAAACGG